AUGCCUUCCACAUCGGGACAGACUACUAGUUCGACAAGUAGCGUCGGCUUUGUUGAAGCGUCUCCUUCCACAACCUUGACAGCAACCCCGCCGGCUUCCUCGACGCCAUUCGUCCUGAGUCCGGACGACGGUAUCCCAAUUGACCAGCGACUUUUCAUCUUCUCCAUUGACCUGUCCCCAGGUUGGCAUCCACAGAAACGCCAGAGUGCAGCCUAUAUAGAUACUUCAGGGCAGACAACGGGCGAUUGUACGAACGCUGUGGUGUUCUCAAUCACAUCUGACGGGCAGUUGUUCGCAAAUACGUCUAGUGGGAGUUUGCAAUUCGGCACAGAUCCUGGGGUCCCCUACCAGAAUUUUACGGCGUCUGCCACUCCGGGUUCUAUUGUCAGCUUCUUCAGCGUCGACCCUGAAAACAACCUAAUGUGGGCCAACACAGCCUUCUUCACAAAUAUGGCACGGUUCUGCGUACAGCCCAGUGGAAACCUGCUCGCAGUGUUCAUAGACCCGUCGCAGGCUCCUUCGGAUUGCACAUUCGUCCAACUGUCGCUUAAUCGCGCGUCUCAAUGUGCUGGGCUCGUGCCCGGACCUCCCCACCUGGUCCGCAAGGGCCUCAAGGCGAUCCCGGCCCAAGCGGACCUUCUGGUGCCGAUGGAACGCAAGGCUUUCAAGGACCGACGGGUCCGCAAGGACCCCAAGGCGUUGCUGGCCCAAGCGGUCCGGCCGGUCCGCAGGGAGCGCAAGGUGUUGCCGGUCCCAGUGGUCCCUCUGGCCCACAGGGCGCACAAGGUGUUGCCGGUCCCAGCGGUCCUUCUGGCCCACAAGGCGCACAAGGGGUCGCUGGGCCCAGUGGUGCGCAAGGUGUGGCAGGACCGAGCGGGCCACAGGGAGCACAAGGUGUCGCAGGACCAAGCGGACCGCAAGGAGCUCAAGGCGUCGCAGGACCAAGUGGACCUGCAGGACCCCAAGGAAGCCAGGGUGUUCAAGGUCCUCAAGGAAGCCAGGGUGUCCAAGGCCCUCAAGGAAGCCAGGGUGUCCAAGGCCCUCAAGGAAGCCAGGGAGUUCAGGGAGUCGCUGGACCAAGCGGGCCUGCAGGCCCUCAAGGAAGUCAGGGAGUUCAAGGUCCCCAAGGAAGCCAGGGAGUACAGGGAGUUGCCGGUCCCAGCGGAGCUGCAGGACCCCAGGGAAGUCAGGGGGUACAGGGAGUCGCCGGUCCCAGUGGGCCUGCAGGGCCCCAAGGAAGUCAGGGAGUUCAAGGUCCCCAAGGAAGCCAGGGA